CCUCUUGGGCCACCAUGAAAGGCUUGCGGGCCACCAGCCAGCCCCCAGAGGGCAGCCUGGACGGUGCGGACCUGAGUCUGACGGGCCUCCCACCUCCGGUGUCCAGGCGCCCCAGCAGCGCCUCUGCCGCCAGACCCAUGAUCCGCUCCAUCUCGGCCACCGCCAGCAGUGAGCCAAGGAGGAAGGUGCCGGAGGCUGUGGGGCUGGGUGGCCCCCGGGCCAUCAACAACCUCCGACGAUCUAACAGUGCCACGCAGGUCAGCCGGCCGCGGAGCAGCCCGCCCAGGCCAGCGGAGCCCCCCAGCCUGCUGCUGCUCUCUGAGGACAGCCCUGGCGGCAGGAGGAGGAUGGCGACUAGCCUGAGCGAGGCGUCCAGCGAGCAAGAGGCCACGUGGGAUGUCCCGGGUGACCAGCCCAGAGGCCUGGCCUUGCCGUCCGACCCUGGGCGCUCCAGCACCCUUGAGCCAGCAGGGGGCCCACGCAGGAAAGAAGGCACCGUGGUCCUGGCGCCCAGCUUCACAGCUAAUAACAGGAGCAACAAGGGAGCUGUGGGCAACUGCGUCACCACCAUGGUGCACAACCACCACGCCCCCUCGGAGAGGACACCGCCCCCCAAGAGCUCCAACCAGGCUGCCCCCGUUCUUAACAACAUCCUCAAGGCAGCCUCUGAUGAGGGCCACGGCCGCAGCGACGGUGUGGGGCCACCCCCGAAGAAUGUGUCCGGCAGUAGCCGCGCUGGCCAGAGAGACGCCGGGGACCCCAUGGGCCUGCUCAAGCGGGAGGAAGUGACCAUGGAGGAGGCUGAGAGGUUCAUCCACCAAGUGAACAAGGCAGCCGCCACCAUCCAGCGCUGGUACCGCCACCAGGUGCAGCAGCGUCGAGUGGGAGCUGCCCGCCUGGAAUGCCUGCUGCGGUCCAAGCGAGAGGAGCGGCGGCAGCGACCAGAUGCGGGGAACCUCCUCGAUGCGCAUCGGCAGAAGGAGGCUGCAAGGAGGAAGGCCCGGGAGGAGAAAGCCCGCCAGGCCAGGCAGGCCGCCAUCCAGGAGCUGCAGCAGAAGCGGGCCCGGAAGGCAGAUGAUGCGGAGCUCAGGCUGCCCCAGGAGCCCCGAGGGCUCAGAGCACUGGGGAGGCCACAGUCCACUCGGGAGCUGCCCCAGCCGCAGGGCAGAGCCGCCCACCAGGCCCUCAGCGCUGACAGAGGUUCUGGCCUCCAUACCGCAGGCCCCGGGGGCCCCUGCCUGCUCUCCAGCUCGUCCCCAGAGCCCCAGCAGUCUCCAGAGGAGAAGCCACAGGAGGUCCCCUCCCAGGGUGUGGCCUGCGAGGUGCUGGGGACGAGAGGCCCCUCGAGGAGCAGGGCCAGGUCCAGGGUGGCCCUGGACGAGCUGCUCGACACGCUGGCACUGCUGGAGGGGGAGCCGGAGCUGCAGCCCUUGCCCUGGGGGAGCCGCAAGGACAGACACGCUGGGCCUGAUGAGGAGGACAACGCCAGCCCCCUGAAGGCCGAUAGCCUGGGGAGGGCCAGGAAGCUGAGCGUGCCCACCAGUCCCCCUGAGAAAGGGGUGCUGCUCUCCGAGGCCAGGCUGCAGAGCAUCGUGAGCUUCCUGGAUGAGAUGGAGAAGUCGGAGCGGGACCGGCCAGCCCUGCAGCCGGAGGGGCUGGAGGCGGGGCGGGGGGGGCUGGAGUCGGCGUCUGAGGUGAGCGCGCCCGUGCUGCGGCUGCAGCUGGAGGUGGAGGAGGAAAAGCAGGCAAUGGUGCUGCUGCAGAGAGCCCUGGCGCAGCAGCGAGACCUCAACACCCAGCGGGUGCAGGAGGCAGAGAGGGAGCUGGGCCGGCAGCUGCAGCGGGAGAAGGAGUACCACGAGGCCACCGUCCAGCGGCACCUGUCCUUCAUUGACCAGCUGAUUGAUGAUAAGAAGCUCCUGAGUGACAAGUGUGAAGCGCUGGUGGCGGAGCUGAAGCGGAGGGACCAGCGGUGCAGGGAGCAGGCGGCCCGGAUGCAGGAGCAGCAUGAGCUGGAGAUGAAGAAGCUCAAGGAGCAGAUGAGCGCCUCGGAGAAGGUGCGCAGGGAGAGGUGGAUCAGUGAGAAGACCAGGAAGAUCAAGGAGGUCACAGUCAGAGGCCUGGAGCCGGAGAUCCAGAAGCUCAUCGCCAGGCACAAGCAGGAGUUGCAGCGGCUCCGGAGUGCGCACGAGGAGGAGCUGCUGCGGGCGGAUGCACGCGCCGCCCAGCGCUGCCUGCACCAGGCCGAGCAGCUGCGCGAGCAGAUGGAGCGCGAGAAGGAGGCGCUAGGCCAGCAGGAGCGCGAGCGCGCCCAGCAGCGGUUCGCGCAGCACCUGGAGCAGGAGCAGCGAGUCCUGGAGCAGCAGCGGCGGCGGCUAUGCAGCGAGGUGGCGGCCGAGCGCGAGCAGCUGGGCCAGCAGGCGGCCAGGCAGCGGGCAGAGCUGGAGGAGUGGAGGCGGCAGCUGGAGGAGAACAGCUCAGCACUGACCCGAGCCCUGAGGGCCGAGUUCCAGAAGGGAAAGGAGGAGCAGGAACAGAGGCACCAGACGGAGCUGAAGGCCCUGGAGGAGCAACUGGAGUCGGAGAGGCAGGCGUGGGAAGCCCGGCGCACCAAGGAGGAGGAAGCCCGGCUGCUGAAGCGGGAACGGGAGCUGAGGGAGGAGAUCCGGAGAGGCCGGGACCAGGAGAUCGAGCUGGUCAUCCACCGGCUGGAGGCCGACAUGGCCCUGGCCAAGGAGGAGAGCGAGCGUGCUGCCGAGAGCCGCAUCAAGCGCAUCCGGGACAAGUACGAGACGGAGCUCUUGGAGCUGGAGCAGUCGGAGCGGAGGCUGCAGGAGCGGUGCGCAGAGCUGAGGGGCCGGCUCGGGGAGGCCGAGGGGGAGCACGUGCGGCUGCAGGGCCUGGUGCGGCAGAAGGAGAGGGAGCUGGAGGACCUGCGGGCGGUGAACGAGAAGCUGUCCAGCGAGCGGAGCAGCCUGGCCCAGGCCAUCCGCCAGGAGUUUGCUGACCGCCUGGCAGCCUCCGAGGAUGAGGCCCGGGGGGCCCAGGCCGCCCCCCGGCUGCAGGCCCGCCAGGGGCUGGAGCUGGAGGAGGUACACCGCAGGGUGAAGGCGGCCCUCACCAAGAAGGAGGAAGCCCUGAGCAGCCUCCGGAAACAGCAUGAGGCUGCGGUGAGGCGGGCCGAGCACCUGGAGGAGCUGCUGCAGCAGCAGAGACGGCCACUCCUGAGCUCCAAGUGACAACCAAGGGACGUUGUGGGACAGGACGAGGCUGGCCCUGAGACUGGCGCUAGUCCUGAGGGGUGGCACAGCUGAGGGCGGGAGGUAGGCAGCCUCCCGCCAGGCCUCGGAGUGCCUGGGUAUUUUCACAGUAAAAGAAUUUGUUUCGUA